AUGCACUGCCUGAGCCGAACUCCCAGGUCUUACCUGGUCAACUCUUACAGCGAUGUGAAAGAAGCUGACGAGAGUAAAAGGGAAUCAUACGAAGCCACCUGGUUAGACCUGGUGAUGGAGACAAGACCAGAGUACAAGGAUACACUCACUGAGAGAGACUUGGCACGAAAGGAGUCUUAUGAACGAAAGCGUGUGCGUCAUUUUGUAGUGCGCCGAUACCUCAAUCAGACCUUUUGCACUGGUGAAGAUGGAACAAAACUGCGUGAGUAUCGGCUACCGUAUAAACCCAUUCUUCCGCUACAGAUCUUCGUGCCCAGGAACCUUAGCACUCCACCAGAGACACGCAGAGAGCCAUCACCUUCCUGUUUGCACUCAGACAGAGACUCUGAGAAGAGCUGGAGUCAGAAGAAAGUCCUGUGGUCUGAUGUGGAAGAUGUGAUACAACCAGAGAGCACAGAGUUUAGAGUACGGACACUUGUGUCACCAGCGAGGGACUUGGCGCAUCGCUUCCAGCGGACAUGA